AUCACCUCAUCAGUCAUCAAGCUGCCUUCUUCCUUCCUUAGCUUCUUCUUCCUCUUGCUAUUUUGCUACUAGCUCCCCUCCCCCAUUCCCCUAUAAAGCCCUCACUUAUGUGACCACUCAUGGGCUCCCUCUCCUCUCCCCCUCCCUCUCUCUGAGCUCAGAGACAGCAUCAGCUUCUCUUGCUACUAGCUACCUAGCUUAGCUAGGUUUACAUACAGCUGCACUUGCUCUGCUGAGGAGCUCGUCUACAGUGUGUGUGGUCGUUGCUGUACCGAGAGGCAAGCUGCAAGAAGAGGUCGCCGGGGUCGGCGCUGUCCGUGAACGUGGGCUGCCGGCCGGCAUGGACAACAUCACGCACAACUCCAGCAGCAGCAGCUCAUGGGAUUUGGACAUGAGUCUCGGCAGCCACCACCACCCUCUCCUCUUCGACAGCCACCACCCCAACCCAGGGCCGCCGCCGCCGCCGCCAUUACCCUUCCACCUCUCCUCCUCCCAUCCUGCACACCACCACCCUCCACCGCAUCCUGCACACCACCACCACCACCAUCCCGGCUUGGAUCCUUCGCCGUCUUCCUCCCUGUUCCCACAACCGCACCACCACCACCACCACCACCGGCUCCACCACCUCGGCCUUGACCUCGACCCCGCCUCCCAUUCCCACGGCCACCACCGGCACCACGAGUUCGGCGAGCAGCAGGAGCCCGGCGGCGGCGGCGGCGGCGGCGGCGGAGAGGAGCAUCAGGAGGAGAUGAGGCAGCAGCAGCAGCACGAGGCGGGCGGCGGCGGGCAGGAGGACCGCGGCGGCGGCGGCGCCGCCGAGGACGUCGAGGAGGAGCUGGGCGCCAUGAAGGAGAUGAUGUACCGGAUCGCCGCCAUGCAGCCGGUGGACAUCGACCCGGCCACCAUCAAGAAGCCCCGGCGCCGCAACGUGCGCAUCAGCGAGGACCCGCAGAGCGUGGCGGCGCGGCACCGGCGCGAGCGGAUCAGCGAGCGCAUCCGCAUCCUGCAGCGCCUCGUCCCCGGCGGCACCAAGAUGGACACCGCCUCCAUGCUCGACGAGGCCAUCCGCUACAUCAAGUUCCUCAAGCGCCAGGUGCAGGAGCUCCAGCACCAGCCGUCGCCGACGCAGCAGCAGUACCCGGCGUCCGCCGGAGCCGGCCCCAGCACCUCAGUCGUGGGCGUGGCGGCGCCAGGGCGACCCGGCGGCGGGCCACCGUUCCUGCCGCUGGGUCCAGGGCCGCUUAUUGACUGGGCCGGUCUCGUCAGGCCCGUCGACAUACACGGGCCGACGUCGUCUUCGUCCUCGUCGUCGAUGGGCGGCGCCCAUGCCGCCCUAGGCUUCGGCUUCAGCAGCGCUGGCGGCCAGAGCAGCCAUGGAAUGCACUGAGCAAAGCGAUGAGGGGGAAUUAAUUAAUGGAGCUUCCUUUGCUUAAUUUGUAGCGGAUCGGAUUAACUAGGAAUCAUCAUUCUAUCCAUGAUAGACGAUGAUGCAUGGUGGAUGGAGAUGACGAACUAGAGAUAUAUCAGAGGUAAUUUUGAUUUGAUCAUAAUAUAAUCAUUCUAGUUUGUAGCUAGCUAGCUGUUGUGCUACUAUGGUCGAGGGUAGUUAAUCCAUGUGUUCCUGAUCAGUUGGUUUCUCUCUCUGGUACGGUACGGUGUUAA